AUGGAUCUCGGAAUUGUUGCAGAGAAUGAGAAUGUGCAGCUGGAGGACAGGAACCAGGACAUGCACCAGCUUGGAGACCCACAGGAGGAGAUGGGGAAGCUGCCUGGCUCCAAGACAGACUUCCCAGCCAGGAUGGUCCUCAGUGAAGAGGAAAAACUGAAGAUUUCCAAAGACCUCGUGGAUCUCCAGAUCGAGACAAACAAAAUGAAGGAGCGUUACGAGACCGAGAACUUCAAACUGAAAAACACGAUGCAGGCCCUGGAGAGGAGGGUGCAGGAGCUGGAGCUGUGCAGUGCCAGCGUGACUUGGGAGCGAGAUUCCCUGCGGGAGCGCCUGCGCGCCCUGGAGAGCAGCCGGCAGGAGCUGGGGGAGGAGUUCAUCAUCCUGAAGAGCAAUUACCUGGCCCUGGGCAGAGAGCUGGACCAGGAGGUGAUGAGGAAUGACGAGCUGACCCAGGAUCUGCUCAGCCUGGCCAGAGAGAGCAUCCACCCCCCUGGCUCAGCCCAUCAAUCCUCCCCGGAGCUGGGAAAAGGGAGAGCAGCAGGACAUCCUCACUCUGCUGGGAGGGGGAAGCCUGAGGACGCAGCUGCCUCUGAACACGAGCAGCAGGAGCUGGAAAGAAACUUGCUUGGAAACCAGGAUCACAUAAAAGUGGAGCUGGAGAAACUGAAGAAAACCCAGGAUGAGAAGCAGCAGAGGCUGGAGGAGCGAGUGCUGGUGCUGGGGAAGGAGCUGCAGGAGGUGAGGGGAGCAGGACUCUGCUGCACGGUCGGGGACAGGCGGCGCAGGCUGGUGGAACAAUCAGCGGUGCUGCUCACAUCCCAGGGCCAGCUCCAGGAGGUGGAGGCGGAGAACUCCCGGCUGCAGCUCCAGCUGAAGGAGCUGAACGAGGAAUAUCGCUCCCGGCUGGCGCGGUACAUCAGGGACGUGGCGAACUACAUGGACAGCAAACCCAGCAGCGUGACAGGCCACAGCAAAGCCCCAGCUGGCCAAGCUGCCAUGAAGAACUUUGUGGAGAGCAUGCUCAAGGAUAUCCGGGCUUCCUACAAGUCCCGGGAAGAGCAGCUGGCUCGGGCAGCUCGUGGCUACAAGAAACGCAUGAAGGACUUGGCCAAGAAGCACGAGAACCUGCUGAUUGCCUAUGGGCUGCAGCGGGAGCAGAUCCGGUCCCUGGGGAGCAGUGCCGUGGAUUGUGGCCCUGCCGAGCUCCACUUCUGCAUCACAGACCCAGAGCUGCUGACAAACAGCUCCCGGGAGCUGAACCGGCUGCGGGAGGAAAAGGCAAAGCUGGAGAUGCAGCUCCAAGAACUGCAGAAGAAAAACCUGAAAGGAGCUUCUGCCUUUCCAGUGCCUCCGGAGCAGCAGCUGGAUGAGGAGGGCUGGGCAGAGGUCAGGAAGAAGCUCCGGGAAUUCACUCUCCACACCCAGGAGGAGCUGGAGCAGGAGAGAAGCCAGCUGCUGACUCGGGCUGUGGUGGCAGAGGAGCAGGUGGUGGAGCUGCAGGGGUACAUCGAUCAGCACCUUGCCAGGUACAAGCAGGAGAUCCUGCGGCUGAGGAACACCGAGGGCAGCGAGGUGCCCGAGCCAGCAGUGCCAGCCACGAGCCCUGGGAACACCCAGACUCUGAGGGAGGUCUGA